GGAUGGGUGUGCGCGCUGCCUGUCGAGCUGGCGGCGGCCAGAGAAAUGCUAGACGAGAAGCACGAAGACGCCAUUCGCGAAGUCAGUGACAACGACGAGAACGUGUACUGCAUGGGAUCAAUUGCAGGCCAUAACGUCGUCAUCGUGUGCCUUCCAGCGGGCCAUAUCGGAAACAGCCCAGCAGCAACUGUAGCGACGCAGAUGCGGACAGCGUUCAAAGGCAUGCAAUUUGGACUGAUGGUAGGCAUCGGCGGAGGCGUUCCAAGUGCUGGCGUAGACAUUCGACUUGGGGACGUGGUGGUGAGCCAGCCGCAGGGGACCUUCGGCGGAGUAGUACAGUACGACUUUGGGAGAAGAACACCAAACGGACUUGAACGGAUUGGAUCGCUAAACUCCCCACCUCAGAUACUGCUUAGCGCUGUAAGCGCUGUGCAGGCAAAUGCAAUGGUCAACGAGAGCACGCUGUUAGACCACCUAUCAACACUCGAGCGCAACCCUGUCUUCCAGCGCCGCAGCGCAGGGCCCGAUCUUCUAUUCAAGGCAGUCUAUAACCAUAAACACGGCGCCACGUGCAGCAAGUGUAGUAUGAGGAGUCGACAACCACGGCCAGAACGCAAGAGUGGAGAAGAGGUGAUAGUACACUACGGCACGAUUGCGUCUAGCAAUCAGGUAAUGAAGGAUGCUGCUCAGAGGGAUAGAGUCAGCGCGGAGCUCAGCGGGAUAUUGUGCUUUGAGAUGGAGGCAGCGGGGUUGAUGAAUAGCUUCCCAUGCCUUGUCAUUCGUGGCAUCGCUGACUAUGCUGACACACAUAAGAACCAUAAGUGGCAGGCGUAUGGGGCAGGGACGGCAGCAGCGUAUGCGAAGGAGUUGUUAUCGGUGAUACCAGUAGCAAAUGUGAUGAACAAACGCCUUGCAGAGGAUGCUAUGAAUGGCGCAAGUAAACGGAGCCUUCAGUCAUUAUCUCCCAAUCAAGCUCCCCAUAAGCGCACGAAGACUGAUAUUUCUAGUGGCUCACCUCCUGAUUACGGAAAGCAACGAAAUCUCACGCUUUCUAUCCACUCCAAGAAACCCUCCCAGACACCACUAAGUGGUGAGCAAAGGCAGAUUCUAUUGGAUUCUCUAAAAUUCGAGCAGAUUAAUGCACGCCAGAAGACGAUCAAAACUGCUCACGCUAAGACGUGUAGAUGGCUCCUAAAGAGUGAGCAAUACCUUGACUGGCUUGACAUAACAAAGCUAGAUAAACAUCAUGGCUUCUUAUGGAUCAAAGGAAAUGCUGGAACAGGAAAGUCAACAUUAAUGAAGUUCGCGUUGGUUGAUGCUCAUAAGACGAUGAAAGACCAUAUUAUACUCUCCUUCUUUUUCAACGCGCGCGGCGAAGAGAUGGAGAAGUCUACUAUUGGGGCAUACCGUUCGCUGUUGAUGCAGCUUCUAGAGCAUGUCCCAGUGCUCCAGAAUGUCUUUGAUUCGCUCAGUUUCUUAUUACCAAGCUUCAGCGCAGACUCUGAGUGGGAUACUGAGUGGGAUACUGAGUCGCUUAAAACGCUGCUAGAGCAAGCUAUACAGAACUUGGGAGAUUUACCUGUUGUGUGCUUGAUCGAUGCGCUUGACGAGUGUGAGGAAGAGCAGAUUCGGGACAUGAUCCAGUUCUUCGAGCACAUUGGCGAUCUAGCUGUGUCAAACGGCAUCCGCUUCCAGGUCUGUUUUUCGAGCCGGCACUACCCAUAUAUCACAAUCAGCAAUGGGUUAGAGCUCGUGCUAGAGAGACAAGAGGGACACUCGCAAGAUAUUGCUGACUACAUAGAGGCUAAGCUGAAGAUUGGUAAAAGCAAGACCGCGCAGCAGAUCCGAGCUGAGCUUCAGGAGAAGGCAUCUGGGGUUUUCAUGUGGGUUGUACUUGUCGUUGGUAUCUUAAACACAGAGUCAGACCGUGGCAAGAUUCAUACUCUCCGACAAAAGCUGCACGAGAUUCCAGGCGACUUGCACAAGCUAUUCCAUGAUAUUUUAACGCGGGACUCACACCACAAAGAUGAGUUAGUGCUAUGCAUCCAAUGGGUGCUUUUCGCGAAGCAGCCGUUGAGCCCAGAACAGCUAUACCAUGCCAUCUACGCGGGCACCAAUCUUGAGGCGGUCAAAGACUGGGAUCCAGAGGAUAUCACUAAGGAUGUGAUAAAAAGGUUUAUUCUCAACUCGUCCAAAGGUCUUGCCGAGGCCACCACUUCUACGGAGCCGAGGGUCCAAUUUAUCCACGAGUCAGUCAGAGACUUUCUGCUCAAGGAGAAUGGCCUCGGUAAGAUCUGGCCCGAGUUUAGGAGUAACUUCCAUGGCCAGAGCUACGAACAACUAAAGCAGUGCUGUCUUAACUACAUUAGUGUCGACAUCACAACGCCCUUAAAGAUCCCUAACAACUUGCCAAAAGCAUCCUCACAACAAUCAGCAAGCUUGCGCAAGUUAGCGGCCCAGAGAUUCCCGUUUCUAGAGUAUGCCACACGUAAUGUGCUGUAUCACGCAGACGCAGCAGAAGGUAAAGGCAUCUCUCAGGUGAAUUUCCUUCACAGCUUCCCGCUUCCUCGAUGGAUCAAGCUCGACAACCUUUUUGAAAAACAUGAGGUGCGAAGACAUACGAAACGUGUCAGUCUGUUGUAUAUACUGGCCGAGCUCAACGCGGCAAAUCUUAUCAGGGCUCGGCCGUCAACCAAUUCAUGUCUAGAUGUGGAAAAGGAACGCUACGGUUGUGCCUUCUUUGCAGCCAAUGCCACUGGAAGCCACGAGGCUAUGCAGGCAUGUAUUGAAGGCCUCAAA